AUGAUUGAAGGAUCUCAUGUUAUCGUCUUGCCUUUCCCUGGACAAGGCCACCUAACUCCAAUGUCCCAGUUCUGCAAACGCUUAGCCUCAAAGGGUCUCAAGCCCACUUUUGUUCUCGUCUCCGACAAACCCUCUCCGCCAUACAAAACAGAGCAUGACUCCAUCACUGUCUUCCCCAUCACCAAUGGCUUCCAAGAUGGCGAGGACCCAUUACAAGACCUCGAUGAUUACAUGGAAAGAGUAGAAACAAGCAUCAAAAAACGACUACCGGAGUUGAUACAGGACAUGAAGCUGUCGGGAAAUCCUCCUAGGGCUCUCGUGUACGACUCCACCAUGCCAUGGCUUCUUGAUUUAGCUCAUGGUCAUGGUUUGCGCGGUGCCGCGUUUUUCACGCAACCUUGGCUUGUCUCAGCUAUUUACUACCAUGUUCUCAAGGGCUCAUUCUCUAUACCGUCUACAAAGUACGGUCACUCGACGUUAGCAUCUUUCCCUGCGUUUCCUGUGCUGAAUGCGAGUGAUUUGCCGUCUUUCCUCUCUGAAUCGUCCUCGUACCCCAAUAUACUAAGGAUUGUCGUCGACCAGCUCUCAAACAUUGAUCGAGUCGACAUUGUGUUGUGCAACACUUUCGAUAGAUUGGAGGAAAAGGUACCGAAAAUAUAUCCCAAAAUGGUAUAA